AUGCAUGGCCUAAAGCUCAAGCCUGGCAAGUGCCAUCUCUUGCAGCAAGAAGUGCGGUACCUUGGGCAUAUGGUGUCAAACAGAGGUGUUGCUGUUGAUCCGGAAAAAGUACGAAUUGUCCAAGACUGGCCAGAGCCUAAGACGGUGAGAGAUGUUAGGGCCUUUCUAGGGUUUACCGGAUUUUUUCGGAGGUUCAUUAAAGGAUAUGCAUCGAUCGCAGCGCCACUCUUCCGUCAUUUGAAACAUAGCCCAGAUAAUAAGAGAAAGAAAAAACGACCGAAAGAUGGCCCGAUUAUCUUCUGCACUGAAUCUCGGACAGCGUUCAAGACUCUUAUAGAGUGUCUCACGACAGCACCGAUUUUAGCAUACGCUGAUUUCACCCGACCGUUCCGUGUUGAGACUGAUGCCA